CCAGACUCAUCAGAAGAGCUUUUACCAGCUGCGAAAACUACACUGUUAUUUUCUUAUAGCUCUUUCUUUUGUGUAUGUUUGUAUGAUUGAACUUGAACUCUGGUUGCUGAGAAUGUUGGGACUUGCUGUCUUGGUUCUGCUGGCUGGCUAUCAACAAUGCGUUUCAGCCACCACUGGCUCUUUGGCUCCACCGGAGUUCCUGCAGCACAAUGGCUCUCUGUAUGCAGUCUGCAAAAUGAGACCCAGCACCUUCCUGCCUGAUGGCCUCCCCAAAGUCUACGGUCACGCUCUUUUCAAGCAGGACCAUCCUCAGGGAAAACUCAAAAUGCUGAUCCGGUUCAGUGGCUUCCCCACAGAAAGCGACCCGGUGCCCAGAGCGCUGCACAUCCAUCAGUACGGAGACCUGAGCCGGGGGUGCGACUCCACCGGGGGCCACUACAACCCUCACGACGUGCAUCACCCCAACCACCCCGGAGACUUUGGCAACUUUAUACCCGAACAGGGGAAAAUCAGCACCAUGAUAGAAUCAGACGCAACACUGUUUGGACCCCUGUCCGUGUUCGGAAGAGCAGUGGUGAUUCACGAGCAGGUGGAUGACUUGGGGCGCGGCGGAGAUGCUGGAAGUCUCCUGCACGGAAACGCAGGCCGGAGGCUCGGCUGCUGCAUCAUUGGAACUUCCUCACCAAAUCUCUGGAAUACGCAGCAGAAGCAGUUGGCAAGACGCCUGAGGUCGAAAUAGUCCUACAGUGAGAG